CCUGUCACAGCCAUGCCCAGCCCAGCCUCUCUGUCCAGACAGCAUAUAUGGGCAGCAGCCAGUCUUGCAUGGAGGUCAGACGUCUUUCUGCACUGAAACAGAGAAAUCACAGCUGUACAGCAUCCCAUUGAUUUUAUUUAGCAUUUAAGAGAAGUAAGAAAGAACAAGACAACAGAUCUGGUGCUACAGAAAAUUCUCAGACCAAACCCAAUCGGAGAUGAAGCUUCUGACAGCCGCCCUCGUCAUUGUUCUUCUGUCUACAACAGCCUCCGCUAAGCCGAUUGGUUCGCGUCGGCAUCAGGAUGCUGACAUCGCUGACAAUGACUUGAUACAGGGCCGGCUGGAAGGGAAUACCAGGCGGUCUUGGGGGUCUAGUGAUUCUUCUAGCAACGAAGACUCGUCAUCAGAGUCGAGUCAGUCACUGGAGUCCCGGGAAUCUAGCGAGUCUUCAGAAAGUCAGUCUUCGGAGGAGUCCUCGGAAGAGUCCUCGGAGGAAGUCAAGGAUCCGACCACUACGGCCGUGACCACCACUGCCAUGACAACCGUUACUACAGUAGAAGAGAGUACGCCCAGCCCUGGGGGGAAAACGCCCCCACCAGCGACACCGACCACACCUAUUGUUGCCACGUCAGCUGUGAUUGAUUGUGUUACCGUGGAUGUUCCAACACCAGCUCCCAUUACAGAAAACAGAGGAGACAACUAAACAACAUGCCGAUUUAAAAUGUUUAGUUUCCUGAGUGUAGUUACAAAAGUUAAACCUCAGCGGGUUUUAUGAAUUCAUUAUCAAAAAAUGGCAACAUGCAAGUACUUAAUGAGGCCAGUCUGACAUUAGAAGAUCCUCUAAACCAGUGUUCCUUGACCCUUGUGUUGUCAAAAUUGAAAAUCAACACUUUUGAUGAGGCUUUUUUUCAAUGUUUGUUACUUUUUUUGAAAUUGAUACUAUUUAACACUAACUAAUUUACUUUAGUUUUACAUUUACGUUUGGAAUUUAAGUUCAAUAAACCUCAUUUAUAGGAAAUGAAACCUAGUAUUUGACUUAGAAAAUCAGAAAUUAGGAAUUAUUUAAAUAAAAUUAAAGGAAUCUAUGUUGGUGGAUAAUCACAGACUGGAAUAUGUUAAGAUGACGCCCCAAAAUUGAUGAAAGUAGAGAUUUGUACUUGCCAAAGAGCAUUGUGUGAAAUCAAUCAUGUUAUUUGGGAAAACAGGGUCAGUUUGACCCGAGGACAACAUGAGGGUUAACCAUUUUCAGACCAAGGACCACUUUCUCAAUACAAAAAAAUCCUGAACCAACGAACUUUUCCCCUAAAACAAUGUGCAGAUUAAAUGACAGUUUUACUUGUAUCUAUCCUAAUGAGGAAGAAUGAUGUUGCGUAUGUUGAGGAAUCACAUAAGCAAUGUCUAUCUUAGCCAUCAAUCCAUCUUGUCAGUUGACAAUAACUGGGAACCGUAUCCCUCGAUAUUUCCUUUAAAUGUCACACUGAUUAUUUUUCAGUGUUGCAAAACAGUCGGCUGCAUUGCUGAAGUCCGACAACACAGAAAAAUUGCCAAUUUGACAAAUGAGUUUAUUUAACAUUGGAAAAAUUUGUGAACAUUUGUGCUCCUCACUGUUAAGGUGUCUCCACAUGAUAUGCAAUUUGCGCAGAGAGCAAAGCGUAGCGCGGGUAUUCUUCAUUGAGGAUGGCAAGGAAGCUAUUUCCCGUUGCUAGGUAACAAAAGCGGCAACUAGGUCUAUGUGUGCGGCGCAAAGUGGCAAAUCCAAGCUCGCCCUAUAGGAAAUCAAUGGAGCGCCUGGCGCAAAGCAGUUUGCCGCCUAUCAUGUGUCAGCGGUUUUAGUCUUCAGAGUUGCUGACAGACAGUUUGGAAAACAUUUAUUGAAAUUGUAUUUAAAAAAUGACAUUUUACCAAAUCUACUCGGGGAAAACUCUUUGGGAAAUGCUGAUAGUUGACAGCGUCACUAACUGCUUUAACAUACACAUUCUUUAAUUACCACUAGAUGCUUUAUCCAAAAAUGUACUAUAUUAAUGUCAUUUUUG